CGGUGCGCCAGCGCACUGUCGUGUCAAGCAUGGCUACGGUGCUGUCCCGGGCGCUGAAGCUGCCGGGAAAGAAGAGCCCAGACCUUGGGGAAUAUGAUCCCCUCACUCAGGCUGACAGUGAUGAAAGUGAAGAUGACCUUGUACUCAACAUCCAGAAGAAUGGGGGGGUCAAGAAUGGGAAGAGCCCUCCUGAAGAGAUACAGGACCCUGAUUCUGAUGUGGAAGUUGGAAUGACAAAGCAGCGCACAUCAGAGAGCAUGCCUGAGGGUUAUCCUGCAGAGACAGCUGGGAGUUUGGAGCAGAAGGCUGCUCCUUCCCUCAUGCCAUACCUGCGCACUGUGAUCUUCUUGCUCACUGUGGUGAUCUCGAUGAUUCUUGUGCUGGUGUGUGCAUUUCUAAUUCCCUGUCCCCCUAGAGACUUGCAUAACAGCUGGAGCCGCAACCUAGGUCAGGGAGCAGGUGGUGUGUUAUCCCCACUGGAACUGUGUGAUGUGAACGGUGAUGACCUCCCUGAUAUCCUCAUUGUCUUCACUGCCUUGAUGAAUGCCAGUGUCAUGGGUGUCUCUAGACCUUCCGUAACUGUGGUGGCACUUUCUGGUAUGAAUGGCAGCACCUUGUGGUCCAUCCAGCUUCCAGAGGAGACACGAAGUGUGCAGUGCAACGUGCUCUCACUGGGGGCAGCUGCAGGGCCGGUCUGCCUUGUUACAGGAACAUCAAAAUUCCUCAGCCUUCUCAGUGCCUCCACAGGCAAAACCAUAUGGACACUGAACUCCAUUCACCUUUCAGGUGGGAUCCUGGCUGCACCAGCUGCAACUCUUCCAGAUGUAGAUGGAGAUGGGAUUAGGGAUAUUGUUGUUCUGGCACUCAAAGUGACACAGCCUGAUGUGUUUUUCAUCUUGGUAUCAGGACAGACUGGAACUGCUUUGGGUGGGCCUGUCAAGUACAGCACCAAUGGAGAAGGGAAAGUGAUUGGCCCCCAAGUCCACAUCACCAGCCGAGGAGCUAUCUACAUCCUGUUUGGUUUUGGUAAUGUUCAAGCAGUUGCCCUGAGGGAUAUCUUUACCCAAGCCAGAAACCGGGACAACUUUCCUGCAAUGCUGCAACAGGAGGAGCCGGAGUGGGAAAAGCGCAGAUCUGUCAACCUGUCAGAGCUCAUUGACGUUUACAGUGGGGGUGUUGACUUUCUGCAGACAGUGAAGACACCUGACACAAACUGCAGCAACCUGCUCAUCACAACCAAAGAGAGCUUGAUCCUACUGAGGGGACAGGACCUGGAGCGCCACUGGACCCUGGAGCUGCCCAAUAUCAGCAGCCAGCCUGUACCAGGUUACUUUGGUGCUGACCAAACUCUGGACUUCAUGCUGCAAGCACAGACUGGAGAUGGGAACAAAAAGGUAAUGGUGAUAGAUGGCAAAUCUGGCUUCCCCGUUUGGAACCAGGAACUUCCAUGGCAGAGGCAACAACUCGAUGCACUCUCAGUCAUGACUUUGGACAAGAAGUCUGUUUUUCUCUUCUGGGCUGAUGAAACACAGCCUAUGUUACAAAGUUUGCAACCUGGUCCCAGACCUGAGCACCCAGGGCUGCACCACCUCUAUCUCCUCCAUCCUGUUUUUCCUACAGUCCUUUUGGACCUCACCAAUGCAACAGACAAAGUCAUUGCUUCAGCAGUUGGAAUUAAUGACCUCCAAAGGGAUGCAUUUCACAUCACUGUGACAACAACUGCAACCUCUGAAAAGCAGCCAGGAUUCCUCUCAGUCAGCAAGCUGGGCCUGAAGUGGGCCAUGAUGAGUCAAGGUCGAAUGGUGUGGUUAAAGGACAGCAGCACCCCAAAAAUCAGCCGUGGAGAAGUGAGGCGAUUUCUUGCCCGGAUGAAAUUUGCUAACUUUCCUCAGAAGCUCUAGCCUGGUGGUUCCCCAGAUGUUGGUUGGACCUGUGGCCUCUGUGGGGAAUAUAGGAAGCUGCUCUGUGUAUCUUCAGGAGAACGGCUAUGUAGAUGGAACGGGGGCUAAAAAGCACUUCCCCUUUCUUCAGCUAUCUGGGGAAUGCUGCUGGAGGCAGGUUUGUCCUAGGCAGACCUGUUCUGUACUGGAGAAACCUGGUUCAGCAACUCCCCCUCCAUAUGCUGUUCAUGCAUGCUUCCUUCCAGGUAACACAAAAAUGUGAAUUUAGAGUUUAUAUACAUAUAUAUAAAGAAUCAGGCUUUAUAUAUAUAUGUGUUAAUUUAUACAAUAUAUGUAUAUUUUUUGUAUGUUUAAUUUAUGAACAAGGUUUAGGACACACCUUUUUAUGUCCAAAUACUGUUCCCUAACAGUCUAACAAGCUCUGUGCCUAGAGUGGGCCAUGAUGAGUCAAGAAAAGUGGUGUGGCUAAAGGACACCUUUAAUCUUUUUAUUUUUGGAGGGAAGCCUCUGACUCCUGCAGGGUUAGUCUUGCCUACUUCUCCUGUGCUCUCAGCACUCUUGUCCAUGCUGUUGUUAGACUCACAAACAAAUUAGUUCUCUGGCUGAAUAACUUGAUCUAGAGAAAGAUGGUCUCCACAGCAUUUGUCAGCCCCUUGCACUUCUGUCUUUCUUUCCCAGUUCCAAGUUCAGGACACCAAGUUCAGGCAUAUGUAGGUGAUGUAGAAGUGAAAGGUUCACAGCUUAUUUCUCUCCAUCCUUAAGGUUUGUAUGAACCCAGAUUGUCACUAACAUCAACAUCAUGUCACUGUAUGAACCCAACUGUCACAGUAAAGGUCACUCAAUCUUGUCACAGAAAAGCUGAUUCCUAUGCUGCUGCUCCAGGGUUUAGAGGUUCAGAAGAAACAGAACUAGAAAGCUUUUCUAUGAAUUUUAACCCUAUUCUGAACUCAAUAUUGCCAUUCCUUGACCAGCCCAGCAUGCAGCUCCAGGAAGAACAAGCUAUCCCUGGGACACAUUUGCUCACAGAUGUUUUGAACUGUGUCCCAGAGUGUGCCAUCAUUCUCUGUUGCGUUUGAAGAGCAUCUGUAUGAAUUUUCUUGUAGCAGAAAAGACCGUAUAAAAGGGAACCACUUUGGUGCCCCAUUUGUUCCCUGCAGUUAGGGCAACAAUAAAGGAACUGCUUUCCUAGUAUGCCAUUUUAAGUCUGGCCUUUGACAUUAAACAGAGCCAGGCUGAGAUGAGGAUUGCAAAGGACUCUUCUGUCUAGCAUGUGCCCUUCCAGCCUCCCCAUAUUUCCAGAUGAGUUGUGAGGUGAGCAGACUUUGACCCUCCUUCCAGAUGGGUACAUUAGCCAUGGAUUUGAUCUCCUGGGCCCUUGACACCUCUCUUUGCUGGAUCACCCUCUCCAUCAUCCCACAUCUCUGUGUAAAGCUUUCAGGAUAACCCUUCAGGUUUAGCUGCAAGUCCCAAGGCUGGUCCUUGUGCCCUGAUCUCCUAAUGUCAGAGCCUGUGAACAGUUUGUAUAUGUUUAAUGGUAUUCUGGUUUAAGUAGCUUUGUAUAUAUUAGCACAACUGUAGCAAUGGCUCUAGGCCUGGAAUUUUCCUCUAGACAGGGUUUAGUUUUCAUAAUAUGUAGUCAGUUAAUAGAGCUGCAUAAUAGGACUGAAAGUGUGAGGACCAGUAACGUAUGAAGGAUUAAACAGGAGUGCCUCUUUCCUCCUGUCCAGCCACCACCUUGCUGGGAAAGGUGAAUUGGCUGUUACCUAAGUAGUUACUCUUCUGAGAUUCUUCCUGAGAGAACUGAUAUUCAAGAGCAGUGAUGUUAUCUCCUCUUUAAUGUGAAUUCACCCUGCCCAACUCCCCCCCACCCCCACUGUGAAUAAAGAGUCUGUCUGUAUAUUGUUGGAAGAAUGUAUUUGAACUGCAGUGAAGCAAAAUAAAUACUGGACAGCAUCAUG